GUUGACUAAGUUAUUAAAUGGAUUUCCAUUGUCGUUUCAAAGCCUAACGUCGAAUAAUAUUUUUACCGAAUCAAAAUGUUUUGCCACGUAUUUAUCGGUGUACUGUUUUACACGGUAUUGAUUUGUAAACAUUCGUUUGGUGCUGAUGAGAGCGAAUCAUCACAUGCCGACCAACUAAAUGCUAUUUUGGGCUUACCAGGAUGGGAGCGGAUCACUCAUGUCAACGCUAAAUGUCGAUUGGCCGUCAACGGGAAUGGAUUGUUCACCGCAGAAGAUUUAUUAGUAACCGGUAGUACUUUGAUUAUUCCUGACGAAAACGCCAAACAUUAUAUGGUCUCACACUUGGUCGCAUGUGUGUACGUUAACGCGAUGGUGAAAUUUAUAGAUUUAUUAAAGAACAUCGUAGUAGAGUAUAGGCGAGCGAGAAGAAGCGUUGCAAACCAUAUUGAUUAUGUAAAGCGUAGGAAAUUAACCGAAGCGGUAGAGGAGGAGGGAGCAGAAGAAGAAGGAAACCCUGUCGAAGAACCGGAACUUGAAGAACAAAACGACAACUCGGAAGAUGGACCGACUAACGACUACAAAGUGCCUCGGGAGAUUUUCGAUUUAGCUUUGCUUCAGUUGACCAGCAAUAGUGAAAUAUUUGCCCGUAUGUACAGCGCAAUCAGGUAUCUAGUCGACACUAUACCUUCGGGCGAAUACACUCUGCACGUGCUAGAAGAGGAGGUUCUACCUUGUUUGAAAAAAUUUAAAGACGUAUCGAGAAAUUUAGGACUUGUACUUGGACGCGAGUACACCGGACGAAUAGAACCUGACCAUAAUAGAAGAAUGACUUUUUUUUCUCGUCAAUUGUCACGGUUUCUCAUUGGCGAAGCCAAACCGUUCGUGGAGUUUUUAGAAAAAUAUUGCACGAUGUCGGAAACGAGUGCUGUUUCUAGCGUCGGUGAACAAACCCGUUUGCUUAGGCUUCGUAAACUAAAAACUCCGACCAACGUAGCAAAUCAGUUUGGAGAAGAAAUCAAAAAACUCGUGGACGAGGUGAGCGAAAUUUAUUAUUCACAAUUGGGUUUCGUGUACAACAGCGUCGAGCAAACCACUUCUCUGGCUAGUCGACCAAUUCCAUGUACAGUAUCGUGGGAAACUUUCUCGGCCUCGGAUGAUUUAAAUCUAUCCUAAUUUAGAUUAUUUAUUUGAUUAAU